CGUUUUUUGCAGACACCCCUCCAUUGUUCAAAACCUCUCACUUUGAUGUAUCCAACUUUCGUUUCCUUUCACUUUGCCCAUUCCGUUAGGAUUUUCUGUUAAAUCCUAACGGAAAGGGUGGAAAAUUACAAUCGUGCCCUUAUUUUUUAUUAAAAAAUAAUUUUUUUUAAAAAAAAAUUUAGGAGUAGAAAGGUCAAAAGCUAACGGUAAGGGUGUAUUUGAAAGGAAACAAAAGUUUGAUACACCAAAGUGAGAGGUUUUGAACAAUAGAGAGGUGUCUGUAAAAAGCGCGAAAGUAUAGGGGGUAAGUGAAGUUUCCCCAAAAUAAAUAAAUCAUGAUCACUUGGUCCAUAUCGCCCUGGCCGGCAUCCAAGUGUAUAUAUUAUUCUAUUCCCUGUUUGGCUGUUGACGUACAAAUCAAUGCUGGCAUACACUACGCACAGACUUUAUUAUUAGACCACACCGGAGGUUUCAUCCAACUCCAAGCACACUUCAUCUAGCUUGGCAAAUAAUUGGGGAAGAAAAUGUCAACCGUCGAAGAAGAAUCCGGCAACUCUAACCGCCGAUUUGAUAGGAAGAGCGGUUUCGAUGCACAAACCGGAAUCUACCACUCACUUGUCAAACUGGGUGACCACCAAAAAAUCCCCACUAGGCCAGACCUUGACACCGCCACAUUUGUGCUAUCACAGUUCCCCCAUGCCAACCAAUCCGAAUCACAAAUUGCACUCGUCGACGCCGCCACCGGCCGGCGUGUCACCUAUGCGCAGCUCCGCCGGUCGAUCCGUUCUCUCGCAUCAGCCUUGUACCAUACUCAUGGUGUCCGAAAAGGCGACGUGGUGUUUGUCUUGUCGCCAAACUCGCUACUGUACCCAACCAUAUGCCUCGCCGUGUUAUCAGUCGGCGCAGCGCUGACCACCGCCAACCCACUUAACACCGCGUCGGAAAUCGGCAAGCAAGUGCAUGACUCCGGCGCCAAGCUAGCCAUUUCCGCUCCGGAAGAGCUUCACAAACUAUCCCCAACUGGGGUCCCCACAAUCCUAACAUCACGAAAAUCCAACAACCACAACUUGCAGCACUUGCCGUCCGUCGAAGAGUUGAUCGAAUGCUGUGAUCCGCCGCUAGAGUUGCCACGUGUCGCGCAAGCCCAGUCGGACACGGCGGCUAUACUAUACUCUUCUGGGACUACUGGGACAAGUAAAGGGGUGAUGCUAACGCAUGCAAAUUUCAUUGCCAUUAUGACGUUGCUCCGAUGGUCUGCAGACGUAACCUCUGCCAAUAACGACGUGUUUCUGUGUUUCAUUCCGAUGUUUCACAUCUACGGGCUUGCGUUCUUUGUGCUCGGAUUGUUGUGCGUCGGAACAACUACGGUGGUGAUGCAGAAGUUUGACUUCCAAGCUAUGCUUCAUGCUAUUAAAGCUCACAAGGUUAGUAAUAUACCUGCUGUGCCGCCGGUGAUACUUGGGCUAGUAAAGCACGCAGGCGAAGUAGGGAGUGGGUUGUCGUCGUUGAGAAGGGUGAGCUCAGGGGCUGCGCCAUUGAGCAAACAGGUGGCGGGUGAGUUCAGAAGGAGGUUUCCGUGGGUGGAGCUAAGGCAGGGAUAUGGACUAACAGAGAGCUGUGGAGCGGCGACAUAUUUUGUGUCGGACAAAGACGCGAAGGCUCGUUCGGACUCUUCAGGAAUGUUGGUUCCAAGCUUUUGUGCCAAGGUGGUGGACAUUGAAACGGGAAAGGCUUUGCCGCCUUACGGGGAAGGUGAGCUGUGGCUGAAGAGCCCUACUAUUAUGAAGGGUUAUUUGGGAAACGUGGAAGCUACGGCGGCGACGAUUGAUUCCGAUGGGUGGUUGAGAACCGGCGAUCUUUGUAAUUUUGAUGGGGAUGGGUUUGUUUACAUCGUGGAUCGGAUAAAGGAGCUGAUCAAGCACAAUGGGUAUCAGGUGGCUCCGGCGGAACUGGAAGCAAUACUUUUGAGUCAUCCUACUAUUCUCGAUGCAGCCGUUAUACCGGUUGAAGAUGAAGAAGCAGGACAGAUACCAAUGGCAUACGUGGUCAGAGCAGCUGGUUCUGAGCUCAAUGAAGACGAAGUAAUUCAAUUCGUCGCCGGCCAGGUGGCUCCAUACAAGAAAGUAAGAAGAGUUGGUUUCACCAUUGCUAUACCAAGAUCAGCUGCAGGCAAAAUCUUGCGGAAGGAGCUGCUUUCACAAAGCAAACACCAGCUUGUCUCGAAAUUGUAACUUGGGAGACCUCCCUCAACAGUGAAGAGAUUAUCAAGAUGAUCAAGAUUAUAAACAAUAUUUUGUUUAUGAGAGCUUGAAGAUAGACCUUAUAAGUAUAUGUAUUCUCUUAUUUAGUUAAUUUGAUAGAAAACCUUUGUGGAUGAUUUUAGGGAAUACGUUUGUGGCUGGCGGAAUAGGGGCUGUAUAUAUAUGGAUUUGUUGAAGAAUAUUCAAGUGAAAACAUUGUGAUCAAAUUCAUCUUCC